ACAGAGAGGGGGACUUAUACAACCAGACAAUGAGACAGUACGGGGUGUUACAGUAAAGGUUGUCUAAUCCUGUUGUUGUAGAAAGUUUCGUGGCGGAUUGUAAACUGUAAAAAGCAUGGGAUCAAUGUUAAUUGAUAUAGAAAAUAGGGUUAUAAACAGAGCAAUGAUCUGAUUCACUCUAACGUUUUCUCCGUCUGUCUCAUUGCCUGGUUAUCUAUAUAUUUCCCUCUAUCUGCCUGUUCCUAAAUCCUAGAACAUGAUUUUUCUGGAUCCGCAUAUGAGCCCAAGGGACAGUGAAAUCAAAUACUUACCAUAAUUUUAAAACAUCCAUCGGGUAAGCCUUUUCCCUACUUUGUCUUAAUUUUCCCAUGUCCUGGACUCUUUAUUUAAAAAAGGAAAGGCGUCUCAUAAAAUUCAUAAUCAAAAUCCUCUACGCAGUUUGCGUCACGACAUAUGUGCAAGUGAUAAAUAUUUCUUUUCUUAAACAGGAAGUUUUGCUUCAGAUGCAUGUGAAAUGAAUAUUGUAGGUAAUUCAAUCUUAGGUAUCCUUUUCAACGAUCAUAACACAGUAUCGUUUAUCCGCCACUUUCUUCCCCAUACUUGUUUUCUAAUGUCGCAUUUUCAUAUGGAUACACUGGCUCACAAUGGAGAGAAUUUUUAUCUAGCCUUUAUAUAAUAACUUUCCUGCAUCGGUGAUCUGACGUUUACAAAAAAAGAAAGAAAGAAGAAAUGCUGCUGGGUGUUAUUGCAUUUCUACUUUUCUGUGGUGCUGGUGCAUUGUGUGUACCCACUGAGGUGUCAAACAUAUGUGGUUCAAGUGGGAUUAUGUAUAACUGUCGAAACAACCACCUAAAAUCUAUCCCAAGCACUAUACCAUCAAACGUCAUCGCAAUUGAUGCUUCUGAAAACAUGAUCACAACACUUUAUGACAAUUCCUUCACAGGAUUCGAUAACUUGAUAGCAAUUUAUCUUCAGAGAAAUGAAAUAUACCACAUUCAGAAAAACGCAUUUCAAGACCUGCCACAUCUGUGCAUUUUGGAUUUGAAUACAAACCUGCUUACUAAAGAAUCUGUAGACCAAGGGAUAUUUGGAAAUAUGAGCUCACUUCUUGACCUCCAGCUUGCUUCUAACUAUCCUAAUGGAGGAUUUCCCUAUGAAGAGAUAGGAAGACUUAUAUCACUACAAAAUCUGUCCUUGAGUGCCUAUGCAUUAAGUCGUCAUUUUCCUUCAAAUUUCGGAAGUUUGAAGAAACUUAAAAAACUAGAAAUUCAAGAUAUUGACGUGUCUCUAUUAAACAAUAAUUCAUUUGAAAAUAUGGCUGAACUCACCAUCGAGCAUCUCUUCCUCGAUUUCCUAAAUAAUGGUGCGUGUGCUAACAUUGACGAAGAUUUAUUAUGGCCAUUCUCUAACUUAAAAGGUCUUCGGUUUCAAACUUAUUGUGGUAUGCGAUACGCCGUGAGACCACUAAGGUCGCUACAAUUUAGAAAACUGGACUACCUGGACUUUUCUCGAACAUUUCCCACAAAUAACAAUGUUCAAAUUUUAAAAGACGAAGAUCUAAAAUAUCUAAGAAAUAUCUGUACAAAAAAUUUCAUAUUGAGGGAUGCAGGAAUUGUUUGGAUAGAAACAAUGGGAUCAGCUUUGUUCAUGAAAUGCCUGGAACGAAUAGAUCUGUCACAGAACAUGAUACGAAGCAGUCCAUUUCUGUUUGCACUACUCGAAGCAACUCAUAUCAAAGUCAUUGAUAUCAGCUACCAAAGCCAUUGUGGUCAUAUUCAUUAUAACACAUUGAAUUCAAACCAAAUGCUACAGGAAACAUCGAUCAAUUUGACUGUUUCUACAUCAUUAGAAGAACUCAAUUUCUCCCAUUAUUAUUCAGAGCCACAUGCAUUACCUACGUCAAUUACAGGCAAUAAUGUACAAAUAAUUGACAUCAGUUAUACGAUGAUUGAAGUAUGUUCACCUACAUAUGACCAUAUCAGCAUGCUUUUACCUCGUCUAAGUCACCUUUAUCUUUCCGGCGUACCUUGUGGGGAUUUAAACGUAUUUUUUCUCAAAGAUCUAUAUUCCUUAUCGGAACUUUAUAUAAGACAUGCAAAUUUAGGUAUGGGUCUAGAAAAGUAUACGAAAGCUGAACUUUUGAGAUAUCUUAAUAAGCUAAAGGUAAUUGAUCUAUCUGAUAAUAAUCUGCAACGCUUGCAUCCGAACCUUUUUCAAAGCCAGGCAUGGUCAUUGGAGACGUUGCUAUUGAACAAUAAUUUAUUAACUUCUAUACCGAAUGCUCUGUACGCCGCAUUUUCACUACGACAUAUAGAACUGCGAUCCAACAAAUUAGCAUCCUUUUCAGAGGAAGAUAUUUCUAUUUUGAACCACUUAAUGCAUGUACAGAUAGAUGUCACUGGGAACCCUAUAGACUGUUCUUGCAACGCAAUUGAAUCGUUACAUUGGAUGCACAAUCAUUAUGAAAAAUUCCUCAAUUUGAACGAAACGCAUUGUAAUGAGGAACCCAAUAGAUCCGUUUUAAGUGUGAUAACCAAUAUUCGGCCCUUACAACUCCAAUGUGUAUCCAGGCUAUGGCUGCAGAUAACCGUGUCUGUUUUAUCCUCCACUUUCCUCUUUUUUGCGAUAUAUGCGAUAUCAUAUCGAUACCGAAUGAUUGUCUGCUAUGCAUUACUACGAAUCCGUCUAUUUUGGAAACGGGGAUUUUCAAAAAUUACUUUAGGCAACGAAACCACCUUUGAUGCAUAUAUUUCAUACUCACCCAGCGAUUACCUCUGGGUAUCAUCACAUCUCUUCACUGCUUUGAACAACGAAAAUCUGAAAAUAUCUCUGCAAGAUAAAGAUUUCCUGCCAGGUAAUAAUUUUGCAGAAGAAGUUGUAACGCACAUCAACAAGAGUAGGUACGUGAUUUUUGUGAUAACGGAGACUUUUAUAAAAUCUGACUGGGGAUCAUACGAAAUUCAGGUAGCAAAAAUCCACGCUAUUCACACAAAGGCCAAAUUGAUAUUGAUCAUCAAAGACAACUUACAGAUUGAAGAUCUGCCGAGAGAUUUGUUAUACAUUUGGUGGAAAAUCAAGCAUUUAGCGUACAAUGAAAAUGACACAGAAAAAAAACGAGCAAAAUUUUGGAAACGAUUAAUCAGCAAAAUCAAAGAGUAGUUGGAACACAUAUAGUGAUAGACAAUCGUCAAACGGACUUGACUGGUCAAUAGGGGAUGCUUACUCCCUUUGGGUACUUCAUCGCACCUCAUUUUCAUUCAUAUUCAUAUUCAUGUUCACUAAAACACGUGAGUUUUAUAACCUAUCUUCCGCUGUUCCAAGUGUGGUGUGGUGUCUGUGUAAACAAAAAAAGCAAAGUUCAAUAAGAGAAACUGACAUUAAUUCAUUAAUGAAAUUUAUUUUUAAAAAAAUACUUAUUUAAAAACCACUCUGAUUCCACUCUACUGUGAAGUUGAAAUAACAAAAAUAUGCUAGAGUUCCUCAUUGAUAAUAUAUUCGUGGUCUUUGGUGAUCAGGUCUUCCAACAAUCUGUUGGAAUUCCUAUGAGCACGAAUUGUGCUCCUUUGUUAGUUGGCCUGUUUCUAUAUUCAUAUGAAGCAGAAUUUAU